GACUCGUCCCAUUCGAACCCCUAGAGCGACACGGAGACGAAGACAGAGAGGAGUGAUGGCGGAGAUGAAGGAAUGCGAGGAGGAUUCGGAGCUCCUCCCGGUGGAGGAUCGUGAGAGGGAGGCCUCCUGGAGGCUCAACUUCGAUGGGCUCCGGACUCCUCAGCACCGUGAGAAGGAUAAAUCCGACCGUGGCCUUCAUAACUUCCUCUGCGCUUUAGGUAGCGAAGAUGUCAUUGCAGAAUAUUAUCAGCAGCAAGUUCAAAUGCUGGAUGGUUUUAGUGAGAUGGACACCCUUGCUGACCGUGGUUUCCUUCCUGGGGUAUCAAAGGAAGAGCGUGAAAAGAUUGCCGCUAAGGAGAGAAUGGCUAUCCGCUUAUCAAAUAUUGCAAACAUGAUCCUUUUUGUGGCAAAAGUCUAUGCUUCAGUUAGAAGUGGCUCACUAGCAAUCAUCGCAUCCACAUUGGACUCUCUACUUGAUUUAUUAUCAGGUUUUAUCUUGUGGUUUACUUCAUUCUCAAUGCAAACACCGAACCCAUACCAAUAUCCCAUUGGAAAAAGACGCAUGCAACCUCUGGGAAUUCUCGUCUUUGCAUCUGUUAUGGCAACACUUGGUCUCCAGAUAAUCCUAGAGUCAGUGCGCUCCUUAAUGUCUGAUGAAAAUGGGUUUAUCUUAACAAAGGAACAAGAGGAAUGGGUGGUAGGCAUCAUGGUAUCAGUGACCAUAGUGAAGCUUCUCCUAGUGAUAUACUGCCGAUCAUUCACUAACGAGAUAGUUAAGGCCUACGCACAAGAUCAUUUCUUCGAUGUAAUAACCAAUGUAAUCGGUCUCGUUGCCGCACUUCUUGCCAAUUAUAUCAAAGACUGGAUUGAUCCUAUAGGAGCUAUAAUUUUGGCUGUGUACACGAUCAGAACAUGGUCAAUGACUGUGCUGGAGAAUGUGAAUUCAUUGGUUGGUCGAACAGCUGCACCGGAGUAUUUGCAGAAGCUAACAUACCUUUGCUGGAACCAUCACAAGGCGAUAAGGCACAUCGACACGGUAAGGGCUUAUACUUUCGGGUCUCAUUAUUUUGUGGAGGUAGACAUUGUGUUGCCAUCAGAGAUGGCAUUGAGAGAAGCUCAUGACAUUGGUGAGGCUUUGCAAGAGAAGCUUGAGUCAUUGCCUGAUAUUGAAAGAGCAUUUGUGCACCUUGACUAUGAGUUUACUCAUCGUCCUGAGCAUGCACAAGCAUGUUAUGAUACGUAGCUUUUGUGUAUGUAUCUUUGGAUAAUAAUUGUUGUAGUUUUAUGUGAAAUUUGGGGGUUCUGUAUACGUUCAAGUGUUUUAUUAUUUGGGGGUUUUACUUGCCACCCCC